AUUGAUAGAUUUACUUCUUUGAUCGGGAUCGAGAUGUGCAUAAUUUUUACAAAAUGGAAGGAAAAACAAGCGUGGAGGAGCUAUCUGAGAAUGAAACUGUUGAUUAUGUUGAAGAAAAAUCAAAAAAGCGACGAAAACCACCAGAACCUGGUGUAAUCUACUUGAGUAAAAUACCAGCAUUGAUGAAUGUAAAAACAGUAAAAGAUAUUUUCAGUCAGUAUGGCGAAAUAGGGAAGAUUUUCCUUCAACCAAAUGAAAAAGCUCCAAACACGAAAAAGGGACGUCUGUUUACCGAGGGUUGGGUGGAGUUUCUGAAUAAGAAAAUAGCCAAGCAGGUGGCAGAAAGUCUGAACAAUACCCUGAUUGGAGGAAAGAAGAAAAGCCGCUGGCACGAUGAAAUGUGGAAUAUCAAAUAUCUUCACAGGUUUAAGUGGGCUCAUUUGAAUGAGAGGCUGGCUUAUGAAAAAGCUGUUCACAAACAGAGGCUAAGGACAGAGAUUGCUCAAGUGAAAAGAGUUGCCAACUUUCACAUUCAAAAUUCAGAGACACGGCAGAAACGUAAAGCCAUAAAGGAGAGGAAACAGAAACAAGGAAAAAGUGUGGAAAGUGACGAUGAAAAGGGAGAUUACGAAAUAGCUCAAAGGGACACCGAGGAGGAAACGAUGGCAAAAAAACGGAAAUUGGACUCUGUUGGAGAGAUUAGCAAAGGAGGGAAGAGGAAAAAGGAAGGAAUUAACAAGAAAUCAUUUUUUGCCAGGACUUCUCUGAUACAAAAUAUGUUUUCAGGAGGAUUAGAUGAAGGUGAUUAAAAUAUGUCAAGGAAAUUAGUAGAUCAGGAGUGAAACUUGUAGUAAUUAAAAAUAUCAGCAGGGCUUGAACUGAGUAGUGGGGAAUACCUGGUUAGUGUUAACAGUUUAGUCUGUUAAAACUAUGAGAGUAUUACAGUACAUGUAUUGCUAAUGAUUGGCUUUGCAACCAUGAACUUAAGUUUUGACAACUUAUUGAAAGAAGCAUGUUUAGAGAAACCCAGAUUUAAUUGUAGUGUGGCAGUUCUCUGUUUGGUAUACUGCACUGUAAAAUUCCAGUCAACCUAUGUGUAUAACUUUUUGACAGUGAGCAGAUUGAGAAGGAAUAUGUUUUUAAAAUGACACUCGUAGUAUAACAAUAAACCAAUGCUUAAAAAAAAGGGGGGGGGGUUAAAACAUAUAAAUAGUAAAUACAUUUAUAUUGAAUUUUUGAUAUGUAUAUGUAAAACAACAGAUACUUCCUGAAACUGGGGUUUAUUAUCCUGUUUUACACACACUAUUAAUUUGCACAUGCAGUACAAUUUUGUACAUGCAGUAUAAAUUUGUAUAUGUACCUAUACACAUGCAGCAUAGUACAAGCAGUAUGAUUUUGUACAUGCAAUAUAAUUUGUACACACAGUAUAAUUUUGUAUGCAUGCAGUAUACUAGUAAUUGUUGAUAAUAAAUGUAUUUAAUUAUUA